UGUCAUUAAACAAAACAAACUUUCACCUUCCUAUUUAUCGAUAUCUUACAGAUAGCAUGUAACGUUCUGGGAGCGGAUCUCGCAAUUCUCGACAACAUGGCAGAAAAUGAAUUUGUGAAGACAAUGAUACCUAAUCAAGUUCACAACUAUAUUGGAGCAACUAAGCUUGCUGAUCCCACGACACCGACCUGGCAGUGGCUGGAUCCGUCUGCUAACCCGAUACCACCUGCACCAGGAGCCCCUGGUCCUGGGUUCGAGGAUUGGAGAGCAGGCCAACCCGGCGGGCCUGCAGCGCAGUACUGCAUGACUAUAAAUUUCAACAACGGCAUAUAUAAGUGGAACGAUUUACGAUGCUCAAGGUCGCAAAAUUACAUAUGCGAGAAAAACGCAAAGUGGCCUAAGAACAUGUCCACUGAACAGUGUUAAAUGCUUGUAUCUAAAAUGUAUACUUAAAGCUGCAGUCACGGGUAUAUUUUCGUGUUUAAAUAUUCGGAAUAGAGCGAGAUGUAGCUUAGUAGUAGAGCGCUCACCGCUGAAUUGAUCUCCACGACUGGUGCAUCAUCAGCCGUGUUAUGUGCUGCCCUGUCUAAAAUAUAUCUCGCUGCAAUAUCGGUAUAGCCUAUAUGGCGGCAGUACGGGGUUUUUCUCUUUCGUUAUCGACCAAAUGUCUAAAUAACCAUAUGUUGGGCAAUAAAUAUCUAUAGUUUAGAAUGAGCUAAGAUUCA